AUGGCGCCGACGGGAAGGAGAAGAAGAGAGGGACUCAAAUGUCACCGCUGUCAGCACUGUGACAAAUCCUUCACAACAUCUAGAAAUUUGAAGAUUCAUCGGAGAGUUCACACUGGAGAGAAACCGUACAGUUGUGACCAGUGUGGGAAAGCUUACACUCAAUCAGGUCACCUAAAAAUCCACCGACGUGUUCACACUGGAGAGAAACCGCACAGCUGUGACCAGUGUGGGAAAACAUUCGCUACACCAGGUCACCUAAAAAGCCACCAACGUGUUCACACUGGAGAGAAACCGUACUGGUGUGAACAGUGUGGGAAAACUUUCGCUCACUCAAGUAGCCUAAAACUCCACCAACGUGUUCACACUGGAGAGAAACUGUACUGGUGUGAACAGUGUGGGAAAACGUUCGCUACACCAGGUUACCUAAAAAUCCACCAACGAGUUCACACUGGCGAGAAACUGCACAGCUGUGACCAGUGUGGGAAAACUUUCGCUACACCAGGUUACCUAAAAAUCCACCAACGAGUUCACACUGGCGAGAAACCGUACAGUUGUGACCAGUGUGGGAAAGCUUACACUACAUCAGGUCACCUAAAAAUCCACCGACGUUUUCACACUAGAGAGAAACCGUACUGGUGUGAACAGUGUGGGAAAACUUUCGCUCAAUCAGGUAACCUAAAAAGCCACGAAAGUGUUCACACUGGAGAGAAACUGCACAGCUGUGACCAGUGUGGGAAAACUUUCGCUGCACCAGGUUACCUAAAAAUCCACCAACGUGUUCACACUGGAGAGAAACCGUACAGCUGUGACCAAUGUGGGAAAACUUUCACUACAUCAGGACAACUAAAAAAGCAUCAACGUGUUCACGCUGGAGAGAAACCAUAUAGCUGUGACCAAUGUGGGAAAACUUUCACUGCAUCAGGUCAGCUAAAAAUCCACCAACGUGUUCACACUGGAGAGAAACUGUACAGCUGUAAACUGUGUGGGAAAACUUUCAUUACAUCAAAUCAACAAAAAAUCCACCAACGUGUUCACACUGCAGAGAAACCGUACAGCUGUGAACAGUGUGGGAAAACUUUCGCUCAAUCAAGUAACCUAAAACUCCACCAACGUGUUCACACUGGAGAGAAACAGUACUGGUGUGAACAGUGUGGGAAAACUUUCGCUCAAUCAAGUAACCUAAAACUCCACCAACGAGUUCACACUGGAGAGAAACCGUACAGUUGUGGCCAAUGUGGCAAAUCUAAUACCAACAGGAGAACUCUUAGAAGACAUAAAUCCAUUCACAAAGCGUCAGUGUGACAUUUUUCACAGAGCCGAGCUAGCUGUUUCCUUCUGCCCUGAAUACAACCACCUGUUAUCAUGCGAUUGUGCUGGACUAACGUCAUGUGAUGACAGCUGAGGAAGUUUGAUUUGGAAAGAGCUGGAAAGCAGUAGUCCAGAGGUUUUAUCAGCCAACAACAAAAUUAAAUUGCAGUAGCCAGAUUUCAAUUUUUAUGGUACUGUAAGUAGAAUUCACAUAGUUUACAGAAAAAUGUCAAGAUUUGGACCUGAAUCCAUUAAUAACACUACUAAAUACUCAUGCAGAUUGGUAAUCAGCUGAAAUAAGAGCUUUGGGGGUUUAGUGACUCUUUAAGAAGGCCAUGGGAUGUGGUCAAAAGCUCCAACAAAGAGGUAGUAUGUGAUGUUCACUAAUUUAUCACAGAUGUAGUAAUAAUAAGUGUGCUCCGAUCGAUCGGUCACCGAUCGUAAUCUGCCGAUAAUGGCUUUAAAUAGUUUGAUCAGUGGUCUCUAAAAAGGCAGAUCACAAAAGUCGAUCAGAUGAUGCAAUACUUUCCGGACAAAUUUUCAACGGCAGCUAAAAUGGUUCCCUAAAACUCCUUUUCAGAUAGGAAGCUAGUGAAGCAUCCAGUUAAUCAUUUAUAAAGAGUUUAGCAACAAUCAGACAAGCAGAGCAACAAGCAGGAGUGACCAUUUCAAACUAUCGCGGUCGUGCUUAUCUCACACACAUGCCGCCCGCUACCAGAGUUUAAUUGUCUUGACCCACAGAGCAUCAGGCAGAGAGAGACUGAUCCUUCAGUGUGAGUUUCAUGAUGAAAAGAGAGGCGCCACUCAAUCAGCUGACUGCCUCUCUCUGUCUCCGUUUUCGUUUUAAAACGGAGACCUUUUGCUACGUUUCCCUCUCCGUCCAGAUGAAAAUGGCGAAUUGAUGGGUAAAACUGAUUCAAUCUUAUCAGUCAUGCAAAACACGAUGCUACAGAGUUUUAUUUUUUGUAUUUUUAUUUAGAUAUUUUCUACUGUGUAAAUAACACUUGUACUGUGCGUGUUGCCGUAUUUACUUUGCUUUCUCUCUUUGUAGGCUACUCUUGUUACUUUCAGUUCUAUUUCGUUGGCGGUCAAUGCAAAAACGAAUACCUGUGUGGUUCUUCGACUGUAUUACUUUCUUCUUUCGCCAAGUUUUUUGCAGCGGCAGAUCUGCUUCAUGUUUACACCCCGGCCUGUGCAUGCCCAGUGAACGACCACGCGUGCUUUCAGUCGUUUUAAUAUAAAUGGAGAUCAACUCUGAUACGCAGCUAAAACGCUGCUGUGGAGGGAGAAGAUCUUAUUCGCUAUAAAACGGUUUAAAAAAACAUAGUAGAGUGGAUGUAGCCUAACAUUAACCCACUCCUCUCUCUACUAAUAAAAAAAUCUAAUAAAAACCUGCUGGCCGUAUUGAAAGUGUUUGCUGCUCUCUCCUCUGGUAAAGCAGGUGGCAAUAGGCCUGUAAAAGAUGUAGACUGUGCUUCUUGCACAAGGAUUUAAUAAUCUGAUUACAUCAAUUUGAUUUAUAGAUUUAAUAACCCACUGAAAUAAUAUUAGGCCUAUACUAGUGGUAAACCAUAUGAAAUUAUAAUGAAUAUAGUAACUAUAAGUGGGCUAAUAUUAACAAUAUACUAACAGUAUAAUAUGGAAUUAACAUUGUACUUUAUUUAAAUUUCCGUUACUUUCAAAUCUCAUUGAU